UGCCAAAAAUGCAGAACCAAAGCACUGAAGGCUCCCAUGUGGAUGAUGGUGUAUUUUUCUUUCCUUAUGUCCAUCCAGGUGCAGCUGGAUGGGAGAACUUGAUCACUCACCAUGGAGCUGCUCAGGAACCAAAGCUUCCUCCACCCCACCGUCCUGCUCACUGGCAUCCCAGGGUUGCAGGCCACAAAUAUCGGGGUCUCCAUCCCUUUCUGCUUUGCCUAUGCGGUUGCUGUCUUGGGGAAUGGUGUUGUUCUCCUAGUGAUCGUGAAGGAUCAGAGCCUCCACAAGCCCAUGUACCUCUUCCUCUGCAUGCUGGCUGUGAGUGAGCUGGGGGUCUCCCUCUCUACCCUCCCCACGGUGCUGGGCGUCUUCCUGUUUGAUGCCAGGGAGAUUGGGCUGGAUGCGUGCCUCAGCCAGAUGUUCUUCAUCCACUGCUUCUCCAUCAUGGACUCAGGGGUCCUCUGGGCGAUGGCCCUGGAUCGCUUCAUAGCCAUUUACAACCCUCUGCAAUACACCACCAUCCUGACAAACCUUAGGAUUAUUUUGUUGGGAUCUGGGAUUGCCUUGAGGAGCGUUCUCCUGAUGACCCCACUGCCUCUACUCCUGAGGAGGUUGCCGUUUUGCAGGUCCAAUGUGCUUGCUCAUCCUUACUGUCUGCACCCCAAUUUAAUCCAGCUCCCCUGUGCAGACACAACCAUCAAUAACCAAACUGGUCUGUUUGUUGUGCUCUCCACAUUUGGCCUCGAUUCCUUGUGCAUCGUCUUGUCCUACGUGAUGAUCCUCAAAACCGUGCUGAGCAUGGCCUCCAAGGAAGGCCGUUUCAAGGCCCUGAACACCUGUGUCUCCCACAUCUGUGCUGUCGUGCUCUAUUACACACCAAUGAUCGGUGUUUCCAUGGCGCACAGGUUUGGCAGGCACAAUUCUCCAAUGCUGCACUCUCUGAUGGCCAACAUCUAUCUCCUGGUUCCUCCCAUUCUGAACCCCAUCAUCUACAGCAUCAAAACCAAAGAGAUUCGCAAGGCCUUUGGCAGGUUUUUGUCUCAACAGAGACUGAUCUGAAGUGUUAAAGAGUGUUGUGAUAUCCUCAAGAGCGUUUAUGGGUUCUCAAGCUCAGCAGAGGGAAAUUGAGUGACCAUUUGGUUUUUCCCCUUUUCAGAAGUUACUGGCAUUUUUUAAAGCACAUCCACACACAGAGUAGAUUCUUUACAAGCUCGUAUUUCUAUUCUUUCCUUGUUGUGCAUCAUGUCAUUGUGAAAUGGUACUAGAAAGGUAUGUUCUGCAGAGGGUCUGUGCAUUGGAUCACAUGGCCUGACUCUCUGGAAGCAUCAGCUUCUGAGCAUCUACUGAGACCUGCGGGUGUAGGGUGGUAUAUAAAUUUAAUAAUAAGACUUCCCACAUAUCUUUGACAAUGUCCCAAAGACCUCUUAUGUUGCAUCCAUAAAGACAUUCAAAAGGAGUUAAGCCAGGGCUCUCUUGGCCUUCCUUUCUGUGGGCAGAUAGGAGGUGUUGCAAGUUCUGGUCCCAAUCAUUGAGAUGUGUUGCUAGGUAUAUCUUCAGAAUUUGUUUUUAAUUCCCAAAAAAAUAAUCUCUGGGCGAGAUGCGAUGCUUGUCACUUUCUUCACAGGCCUUGCACUGUCUCUGCAUUAAAUUAAACUGAGAUCUGGAGUAAUUAUACACUCAGCAUUAGGGAUUUUAAGAUCAAAAUUCAAAACUGGGGGGAAGGGCUUCAAUAUUAUCUUCCUUCUGGAACCUGGGCGAUGUCUUUGUAUCAACAACAAGGUCUU